AUGAACUUGGCCAAUGGCGGCCGGUCUGCAAUCGGUUUGGCGACGAGUACCGGAGGAUGUAUCGCUCUCAUGCUCCCAGAUCUCCGCCUGAAGAGGAUUACGACGGUCGUCUGGACCUUUACAAGCAGUGAGAGGAGACAUUAUCCGGAGUUUUGA